GUCACUAUAUUGGAACAGACACGCUGGUUUUGGUGUGAAACUGGUUGAUUUGGCAACCCAGAACGUACAACACUGCAGGCUAGUUCAGUUUGUGUUCCUGAGGACUUUCGGAAUGAAGUUCAUGAUCCGAGCAGCGAGAGAGCAGGACUGUGUAGACAUCCAUAGAAUGAUCAUGGAGUUGGCAGUAUAUGAGAAGAUGGCUGACCAGGUGAAGAUCUCACAUGAAGAGCUACAAAGAGAUGGAUUUGGUCUGAACCCAUUUUAUCAAUGUCUGAUAGCUGAAGUUCCAAAGGAGCUGAAAUCUGAAGAAGGACACACCAUAGUUGGCUAUGUGCUAUAUUUUUACAGCUACAGUACAUGGAAAGGGAGGAGCAUUUACAUGGAGGAUCUGUAUGUCAUGCCUGAGUUCAGAGGUAAAGGUGUUGGGAAAGCACUGAUGGCUUCUGUAGCUCAAGUGUGUGUAGACCAGCAGUGUGUGCGUCUGCAGUUUGCUGUGUUGGAUUGGAAUAAACCAUCUCUGGGUUUCUACCUGAGUAAAGGAGCCGAGGACCUGACCGUGGAUGAGGGGUGGCAUGUCCUGCGCUUUCAUGGACCAGCACUUAAGAUGCUUGCAGAUGAGGCGCCAUGACAACCAACAGCAUCAGUGUUUAUUUUUAGUUUGUGUAUGUGAUUAAAUGCAUCACUCAGCAGUUCUAUUACUUAUAUAAUAAUUAAUGUACAAUUAACACCAUGAACGUAUAGUACAGCUGCUUGUGACGAUGUUAAUGUUGUUACAUUAAAUGUCUCCACACACUUUGUGUACUUUA